ACAACGGAGGACAACCAGUUGCACGAUGCAUUCCUGGAAUUACUUCCGGAUACUUGCGCAGCUUCUCUUCCUCCUCUCCCUCUAUAACGCACGCCACAAUGCAUCAUUGGCAAGGUGUUCCACAGACUCCAACUUUACCACCAACAGCACCUACCAUUCCAACCUCAACCUCCUCCUCCCAUCCCUCACCUCGGCCACCGUCUCCACCGGCUCCGCGAACACGUCUGCAGGGCGUUCCCCAGACCAAGUCUUCGGCCUGGCGCGUUGCCAACUCGACGUGUCUCAAGACAUAUGCCAAGCUUGCCUCGCCACCGCCGUCGACACCCUCCGCAGUAGCUGCCCCUCCGCAAAAGAUGCGGCCACUUGGGGAGAUCGCUGCUUCCUUGCUUACUCCAACGCAACUUUCUCGAACGAUAGCGAUAAAUUAUCCUUCUACCAAAUCUUAUACAAUGCAGGAGAAGUUUCGGAGACGUCAAGAUUCGUGAAUCUGGUGGAGGAAUUGAUGAAUGCCCUCAUCAACUGGGCUUCCUACAAGACCGACAGCAUGUUCGCCAUUGGAGAAGCCAACUUUACGAGCUUCACCAAAGUUUAUGGAUUGGUGCAGUGCACCAGGGAUCAGUCUGAUGAUGACUGCUUUCUGUGUCUUCGGCAGUCGUUGGGUUUAAUGCAGGGUUGUUGCGGGAAAAACCAGGGAGGGGUGGUGUUGAAGUACAGGUGCUACUUGAGGUACGAGACCUAUUCAUACUAUAAUAUGUCAGUCCCCACAUCCCCACUGCCUCCGCUGUCAUCUGCACUCUCUUCAGCACCUCCGCCUGGAGCUACGGCCAAUCCACCGCCUCCGCCUGCUGUGGUGGACUCCAACUCUUCGUCAUCAUCUGCGAUAGAUGCAGGCAAGUUACAAUGGAAAUAUUCAUCAGAUGUUGUUUAUCGUUUUAAUUCAGGAAAAAAGCAGAACUCUAAAAUAGUAGUGGCUGUCGUCAUCCCCAUCCUCGGUGCUGUGAUGCUUGUGACAGCGCUUUUGAUUUUUUUGUGGAGGACGAAAAUAUUUUCCAGAAAGUCCAAUGUUGGAGGAGCGAAAAGUGAAAAGGCAAACUCUCUGUUAUUUGAUUUUGAGACACUGAAGGUUGCAACCAACAACUUCUCGGACGCAAACAAGCUUGGAGAAGGGGGAUUUGGACCGGUUUAUAAGGGCGUACUAUCAGGUGGCCGGGAAAUAGCUGUGAAAAGACUCGCAAGAAGCUCACAGCAAGGAUUUGCAGAGCUAAGAAACGAGGUUGCAUUUGUUGCUAAGCUUCAGCAUAGAAAUCUUGUGAGGCUCAUCGGUUUUUGCUCGGAAGAAGAGAAGCUACUCGUCUAUGAGUUCCUCCCAAACAGAAGCCUAGACAAAAUUUUGUUUGAUCCCACAAAAUGUGGUCAACUAAACUGGGAAAGGCGCUACAAGAUCAUCGAAGGGAUUGCAAGAGGACUCCUUUACCUUCAUGAGGAUUCCCGCCUAAGGAUUAUUCAUCGAGAUCUAAAACCCGGUAAUAUCUUGCUGGAUCAGCACAUGAACCCCAAGAUAUCUGACUUUGGUCUUUCAAAGCUGUUGGUCGACCAAGACAGAUCAAAAGAGAGCGCUAGCCGAAUAGUUGGAACAAACGGAUACAUUGCUCCAGAGUAUGCUUUUCAUCGGCACUUCUCGGACAAAUCUGAUGUGUACAGCUACGGAGUGUUGGUGCUUGAGAUUAUAACUGGUCGAAGAAUCAGCGAGUUUCGUGGAUCAGGUCAUCGCGCAAACCUGCAGAGCUAUGUAAGCAUUUCCUCUCUUCACUCGACACUGAGAUCGUGGCAAUCUGUGAUCGAUGACUAUGAAGCAAGCGUCAAGGGAUUCAACAUUCAUCCAAACUUUGGAGUUGGAUAUUGUAUCGAAACUUUGGAGUUGUAA